CCACCAGUGCAUGCAUCGAGGUUCCGCCCGAAGCAUCCACGGACGAAGCGGCAGAACAACGUUGUCAGGCAACUACCUAGUCGAUCCCUCGCGCAUCUACACAGGCUUCUUUUACGUCGGAGCUUGUGAUACCCCAGCCUAGCAUCGACUACGCUUCAUUCAGGAUGACCACCCAAACUACCCUCAACGACAAGACCACGGCCACCAGCGUCACGGCCUCCACGGACUCGUGCAGCAACUGCUCCGACAACCCCGCCAACGUCGACUACCCCAACACGUUCGAAGGGCCGGAAAAGAACCUAGAAAUCGACUUCACCGAUGCCGGCCACCCCGACGGCCUCCGUGCCUUGUCCCGCACGCAAUUGGACGCGCUGUGCGAUGCUGCCAAAUGCACGAUCCUCUCCAAGGUGUCCAAUGCGUCCUUGGACGCGUACGUCCUCUCCGAGUCGUCGCUCUUUGUGUACCCGCGCAAGUUGUUGAUGAAGACGUGCGGCACCACCACGUUGCUCAAGACGUUGCCCCUCGUCAUGGAGUACCUCCACGAACUCGGCAUGAGCAUCGACAAGGUCCGGUACUCGCGCAAGAACUUCUUGCAGCCCGAAGAGCAGCACUUUCCCCACACGUCGUUCAGCGCGGAAGUGGAGUUCCUCAACGACUUCUUCCCCAACGGUGUGGCUCAUGUGCUCGGCCCCAUCACUGGCGACCACUGGUACUCGUACAACUGGGACGCUGACACCCACGGCCCCAACUCGCCGUCGGACUCGUCGGAACGCAAGAACGAGCACACGGUGCACAUGCUCAUGCAGGACAUGCACGCGGAUGUGGCCGCGCACUUCUUCAAGCGCGACAACGGCAUGGACGGCGUCGAGAUGAGCGCGGCGAGCGGCAUCCGCGACUUGGUGCCCAACGCGAUCCUCGACUCGUUCGCGUUCGAACCGUGCGGGUACUCGAUGAACUCGAUCGAAGACGACGUGUACUCGACCAUCCACAUCACCCCCGAGAGCCACUGCAGCUACGCGAGCUUCGAAACGAACGACAAGGUCGGCGCGUACGCCCCUAUGGUCGAGCGUGUGCUGGCGGUGUUCCGUCCGUCCAAGAUGACCCUGACCAUGUCGAUCCUCGGGGAGUUGACGAUGAAGGACCAUGUCUUCCAGACGUGCCAGUUCAAAGGAUACAAGCGCCGCGGCGGCUGGACGCAGGUCCACAUGGACGGAGACCUCAUCUCCCUCAAGGCCAACUUUGUCGUCGUCGAAUAAGAUUCGAUCAAUUCGCGAUUGUUCUUCUUUUUUGUGUAACGGGAAAACCGAGAAUUGGAUAAAAUAAUUCAAUUUUUUUCAUAUUGCCACC